GAGGCAUAUGGACCAAGAAAGCCUCAUCUCUUCGUUCAACCUCAUCCUCAAAACUCAAAAUUGAAAUCUGACCGUUAGGUUUCCGAUGAGUUCAAUCGGCCAAAGCAUUCUGAUGGCGCUCGCCGUCACCGUCAACAAAUUCGCUUCCUCCAACGUUCAAUCCGUCCACAGAAACCAAUCAGCCGCCGCCGCCGCUUCCGACAUCGGAAGAAGAGGCCUCCUCUUCUCCGCCGUCGCCGCCGCCGUCGCCCCCGUCGACUCCAGAACCGAGCUGCUCAAAAGGUAUCUCAAGAAAUCUGAACAAAACAAAGAAAAAAAUGACAAGGAGAGAUUGGAUAGUUACUACAAGCGAAAUUACAAAGAUUAUUUUGAAUUCGUUGAAGGAUCGGUGAGGAAUAAGAGCGAGCUUUCAGAAACUGAGAAAGACAUUAUUGAGUGGCUUCGACGAAACAAGUGAAACUCACGUUCAUCUAUUAGAUUGUUCAAUUUUUAGUCUAGAUUUCGUUUAGUAAUGAUUUUGUUUUUACUUUUAUGGCUUUUGAAUCUAAGCUUGUUGGAUGAUAUUUUUCGAUUGGAAAGAAAAUGCAAAAACCAUUGAACUAUAGAAACGGUUAUAGCAGUUGGCCCUCCAAAUUAGUUUGAUAAUUAUAGGAUUUUGUUGCAAAUAUUUCAUAAGUUAGAGAGAUAAUUACUACUGAAUUGAAUGUGAGUAUCUUGACUCUAGUGUUC